GGGAAGGACAGCGAAGACUGACCUAUACUAAAAUAUAUGCGUACUUACCCAUGGAGCAACGGAAUUUCCAAGGGAUAUCUCCGAUGCGUUGAUCUCGAUUGCGGGUGCGAAACGAGUAAACACGAAAACGACAAUCCCGAUCUCCCUUUCUCUUCUUCGAGCUGUGAGCUGCUGAGAUCCCCGUCCAUGGCGGCCAAGAACCCCUCUUUGUAGCUGCCUCCCGGCUGGAAUUUCUCCCGCUAUUUUAUUGAUGUGCCUCCGCUCCUAAAGAUGCGAUCUUGCUGGAGAAAGGAGCGCUCUUCCUCUUCCUCGGUUCCGUACGUUUAGCGGCGAGGAUGAAGCGGUCUCUGCGCUUGCCCCUUAUCUUUCUGAUCGUCUUCGCCGUGCUCUCCGUUUUCAGCUUCCGGGCGGCGGUCCAGGACGGGUUACGCCGCGAGCGGUCGGCCGAGGCCCCGCCGGCGGCCAACGCUUCUAUUGUCAGGCUGGCGGCGGCGGAGUCUGGGGAUGGGGAGCUGCGCAAGGAUGUGGACGAUCUUCUUGACGGGUCCUUUAUCUCCUCGGCUCGCCGCCGCGGCACCGAGGCACGGCUUGUGAGCCACUCGGACUGGCGGCGCGAGGGCCACAUCGAUGUGCUGCGGCGUCAGGCGAUGCGGUUCCCGCAACGGCUUCGCGCACCUAAAGACUACAUGGCGCUGCCCGACUUCCGCCGCGCCCUCCGCGACUGGUUCCGACGCCGCCGGUUCGAUCCGGGGGUUAUGCACGACCUCGUCGAUCUUGUCAAGCGCCCCAUCGACCGUCACCGCGGCCUCUCGGACACAGGCGGAAUUGAGAAUCGGCGGUACGGCUCCUGCGCCGUGGUCGGCAACAGCGGAAUUCUUCUCAAGAACAGCCAUGGCGGGUUAAUCGACAGCCACGACCUCGUGAUCCGCCUCAACAACGCCCGCGUCAACGGGUACGGCCCACACGUCGGCACAAAGACCGACCUUUCCUUCGUCAACAGCAACAUCCUCCACCUCUGCGCUCGGAGGCAGGGCUGCUUCUGUCACCCUUACGGCGAGACCGUCCCUAUCGUGAUGUACAUCUGCCAAGCCGUCCAUUUCCUCGACUACGCCGUCUGCAACUCGUCCCACAAGGCGCCGCUCCUCGUCACGGACCUUCGAUUCGACAUGCUCUGUUCCCGUAUCGUCAAGUACUACUCUUUGAAGAGGUUCGUGGAGACGACAGGGACGCCGGCGGAGGGGUGGGCGAAGGCCCACAACGAAAAGAUGUUCCAUUACUCAUCGGGAAUGCAGGGGGUGAUGCUUGCAUUGGGGAUCUGCGAUCGGGUCAGCGUUUUCGGGUUCGGGAAGUCGCCGGAGGCAAAGCACCACUACCACACCAACCAGAAGGCAGAGUUAGACUUGCAUGAUUACGCGGCCGAGUAUGCCCUGUAUCGCGACCUGGUUGAGCAGCCGCAGGUAAUUCCAUUCCUCACAGACUCAGGAUUUAAGCUUCCUCCCGUGGUAUUCUACCAAUGAACUCAAAUUGAUACUUGUGAAAGAGCAUGAAGAAGGUAGUUUUAGCAUCCUUAUUUGUUUGCAAGGUAAUUGAAUGAAGAAGGUAGUUUUAUUCAUCCCACGCUCUGAUAAAUACUUGCGAAAGAGCAUGAAGAAGGUAGUUUUAGCAUCCUUAUUUGUUUGCAAGGUAAUUGAAAAGUAUUGUUUGGUUCCCUGAUUCAAAGUUGUGGUUAUUUGAAUGAAAAUUUUGGAAUUUGCUUGUUCAUUUCA